GUUAUUAUCACUAUAUUAUUAUUACUAAUAAUAUUAUUAAUAUUACUAUUAAAAUUAAUAUUAAUAUUUUUACUACCAUUAUUAGUAUCAUUGUCCUCUUUUAUAUUAUUCUGACAUGCAUUUAAAGUGGCAGCAGGUGUUUUAGAAUAAAACAAWUAUUUUCUUGUACUCAUGUGUUUCCUGUUCUUCAAAAUGAUUUUUUAUGUUAACUCAAAUGCUAAACAAAUUUAGGACUUAAAUUUGAGAUAAAUGUCGCACAGAUUGAUUCAAGCUGCUGCCACGUGCUUUGUGCUGCAAUCAGAUAUUUGUGUUGGCAUCAGGCUGUAAUGCAGAGCAGGUGUACCCGAGUGUUUGUCCGAUGGUUGUGUGCUUUUUAAUACCCAGUGGUGCAAGCAGUGUGGCUUUUAGCACCAAGUGUUGUACUAUAUGUGUAUGAUAUGUGUGUUUUAUUUUAAAUGAUGCCAGGUUGCGGUUUUGUUCUUGAAAGCAUUGCUGAAUUUAUGGCAAAAUCACGUAUCAAAAAAAGCUGGUGUUUGCAUGUGAUUCGUGCGUUUGAAGAAAUGUGAAUUGUGCUGCUUGAGAAAGAGGAAUCAGUCCUGAUUUUUAAAGAUGCACGAGCUUUUCAGGCUUUGCGAACACGUGCAUGUCCGCAGAGGAGCGACACAUCCUUGCACCAGAACACGAGCACUCAAUCCUUCUGAUUGAAAUAGUCUGAAAAAAAAAAACAUUUAUUGUUUUGCUUCUUAUCUGUAUCUUUAUAACAUGCAACAGAUUUCUCAUAGUCUGAGUUUUAUGUUUGUAAUAGGAGGUGUUUAGUUUGUGAGCAGCCCCCCUACAUCCCCCCCUCCCUCUCAGGACUCCCACUCUGUGUUUCACAUGAGGAGCAGAGCCUCACCCACACAAGUUUGGCUCCACGCAGUAAACAACUUUGUUGAUCAGAUUUUUUCCCCGCUUUUUUAUACUCUAAUUUAAUAAGGAAAACGCCAACGUAAGCCAGUCCGCGCGCUGCUGCUGGUGCCGGUGCCAUGCUUUCCAUUGGUUCCUGUUUACAAGAUGCCCACAGGACACGCGGUGAUUGGUGGGUCCUCGCACGUGACCAGACAACUUUGUACAUUUGACAGGGGAGUAGGAGGGUUUUGUGGAGAUCAGAAAAACGACAGCGCGAUAAAAAUUAGCAUUGUUGCACUUCACAAAUUAAUGACCAUGAGUUCCUACUUGAUAAACUCCAACUACAUCGAGCCUUCCUUCCCACCGUGCGACGAGUACCAGCAGAGCGGAUACAUCCCCAGCCAUGGUGAUUACUACGAGCGGCCAAAAGAUACGGGCUUCCCCCAUCACGACGAGGCAACCUAUCCGAGGUCAAACUACACGGAGACGGGCUACGAUUACGGCAACGUUCCCGCCGCGGCCGGGCUCGACGACUUCGGCGACGGGCACCACGCACAGCCGCAGCCGGUUCCACAGAGCCACGGUCCUCGCCUCUCCGCGGCGCCAGACGGUGGCGCAGGGGCCAAUGGCAGCAAAGACUGCAGCCUCGCCGGUGAGGUGUAUCCCGGCGUGGCGAAGGGCAAGGAGCCGGUGGUCUAUCCGUGGAUGAAAAAGGUCCACGUUAGCAACGUCAAUGCCAAUUACAAUGGAGGAGUGCCCAAGAGGUCUCGCACUGCCUACACCCGCCAGCAGGCUCUGGAGCUGGAGAAGGAGUUCCACUUCAACCGCUACCUGACCCGGCGCAGGCGGGUGGAGAUCGCGCACACCAUGUGCCUGUCGGAGCGCCAGGUCAAGAUCUGGUUCCAGAACCGGAGGAUGAAGUGGAAAAAGGAGCACAAGCUUCCCAACACUAAGAUCCGCUCGUCCAGCUCGGCCUCAGCCUCCGGUGCCCAACAACAACAACAACAACAGCAGCAACAACAACAACAACAGCAGCAGCAGAUUAAAACAGGCCAGCAGCUCGUCCCCACGCCGUGCACUGCAGGUCUAUAGUGCACAGAUGAACCCCCUUAUCCCCUCCUCUGAAUUAAACACCCCCCUCCUUGAAAAUCCAGACUGAGAUGGAAAACAACACAAGUGGAAUUUGAAGGACCGAUUUUCAGUAUUUUACACACACAUGGUGUUAUCUUUGUUGCACAUUUGGGCCUCUGCCAUGUCCUUUGUACCCCUUUCCCCCUCCGCGGUCGUCCUCUUCAUAUAAGCUUGAAAAUCACAUUUAAUUGCCACGAUGGCAACUGAAGUGUUCAUAUAUUUGUUUAUUAUGGGGAAAAAAAAGAAGAAAACAAUUAUCCAACGCACAUUCAUAGGACUUGGAGCAGAGUGUAUCCACUACAUUUAAAAAAAAAGUGAGGUGAAAGUAAGUUUGAGCUCGUUUUUCUAUUAUUUAGAUUUUUUUCCCUGUUUUGUUUAUUGCUUACGGAAAUUUCUAAUAUACUUGAAAGAUAUUUAGCGAGGCUCAGUGUUAGAAAAACCGCUCGGGCUCUUUUUUAUUUUUUAUUUUUUGGCAGAAGAGCUGUGUUUUAGUUCGUGUGUUUGAGUGGUUUUACUGUUGAAUGUAGUCCAGGUGACUUCUACAUCUUCUGUACAUAGACAAAUCUAAUGAAGGCACAACGAGGAGAAGCGUUUCGUCCACUUUGUUGGUGUCGUAGUUUCAUUUUUGUGCUCUGUAGUGCGUCCGAUGUUGUGCUGUGUUCUAAACUGUGAAUAUUUGUAUGUGUUGUCUCAGUAAAGACCGUUGUAAUGUAGGCUAGUGUAGGUUCAAUCUGUCCUUGUGAAAUAAAAGAUGUGCUUCCCUUA